AUCAGGGGGAAGUUUACAGUGCGCUGACGGACUUUUGGAGAGUUCAGUGUUGUGCGCUCUCGGUGCGUCACACGCUCCACAGUCUCCACCGUGAAGUGCACGACUCCAGACUUCUAUUCUACAUGCAAACGCAGCCAAGGCUCCGGCGUCUCUCAGAACCCAGCAGCCUCCGCUUCCCUCACAGGCUCCAAUUCGCGUCUACUUGUGGCUAAAUCUCAGGAGCGAAAUGGAUGUCAUUCCUAUGUGCAGCAUCUUCCAGGAGCUCCAAAUUGUGCACGACACCGGAUACUUUUCAGCUUUACCGUCCCUGGAAGAAUACUGGCAGCAGACAUGCCUCGAGCUGGAGAGGUACCUCCAGAGCGAGCCGUACGUCUCGGCCACCGAGCUCAAAUUUGAGAGCCAGGAGGACCUGUGGAGCAAGCUGAUGCUCGCCUGCGGGGACAAGUCGAACGAGUCGGACCCAAAGAUCCCCCACAUCAAAGAGGAGGAAGACAAUCAGGACAGCCAGCACCUGGACGCCGGCGGCUUCAACUCCGACGCCAGCAGCGAGGCCUCGGACAGCUCCGAGGAGCUCUCCCCGACCCUCGACUUCUCCUCCGGCUCUUUGACUGACAUUCUGGGCGACAGCGGCGAAGACCUGGGCUCCGCCAUCAUCAGCACGCCGCCAUCUUCCCCCGAGCUCGGCAAGGAGGGCUCCGUAGCCCAGGUGUGGAGUGGGAUACAGACUGUGCUGCACUCUCCCGGCAAAAUAAGGACUGGGGGCUUGGAGAGGACCCUGGAAAGGUCCGGUCUGACCAGCGGGGAGGCGUCGCCCGACGGGAGGAGGCGGGUGCACAGGUGUCACUUCAACGGGUGCAGGAAGGUGUACACCAAGAGCUCCCACCUCAAAGCACACCAGCGCACACACACAGGUGAGAAGCCUUACAGGUGUUCAUGGGAAGGCUGCGAGUGGCGCUUUGCACGAAGCGACGAGCUCACCAGACACUUCAGGAAGCACACUGGAGCAAAGCCAUUUAAAUGCAGCCACUGCGACAGGUGUUUCUCCCGCUCCGACCACCUGGCGCUGCACAUGAAGAGGCACAUCUAAGAUGGCCUCCGCGUCGAGAGCUCUGAGGGAUGAUUCUGGUUGAUUGUCCUGACGCGUUUGGGGAAUCAGCGAGGCCGGUGUGUCCUGGGAGCGUUAACGGGGGCACCGCCGUGUUCCAGUCAGUGGAAGAAAAAAAAAACAUGAAGCAACGCAGGCUAUUAUUUGCACCAUACUUAGUGCCUCCAACACCUCGCUGUGGAGAUUGCUCUUGAAAGGCUUUUUGCGGCGGAGAGCGGGAGGGCAACGAGAAAAACUGGGGGGAAAAAUCUGGGCCGGAGAAGACGGGAAGAGACUCUUCUGUAUGGUGUUCAACGCUUUUUUUUUUUUUUUCCUGGAGGAUCAUUCGUGGGACUCCGGUGGGGGGUGGGAGUGCCCUUCCUCCAUUGACAGUGUGUUUGCCUGUGCGCAUGGGGACUGUGAGUGCCUGCGACUGGAUGCCUGUGCUGGAUUUGUGGAGCAGAUGGAGCUUGCAUUGUGGACCCGCGAGUGAAUGACAUGGAGGGGGUGGUGUCAUACAAGGGAGGGUUUGUUUUUAACGGGGGCCUGGGAGGGGAAGCUGGGGGGGUUACCUGUUGUCUCACUAAGAAUGAAUGCAAGCAAGAGGUUCUGUCUGUGUUGAUUGGGUAAGACGAGGAGGAGGAGGAGGAGGAGGAGUAAGGGGAGGGGAGUUGUUUGAGAGAUCGCCCCCUUUCUGCCCGGAGGUGGAACUACAGCUCCCUGUCCGAAAAAAAGUGGGAGGUUGUUUUGUUUAGUGCAGCUAUUAAAUGUGCAAUGUAUUACAUAGCCUGUCUCAAAAAAAAAAACAAAAACAAAAAACAUACACGCUACAAAGCUCAUUUUGUUGUCCACCGUUGUAAGCAUUGUAUCUUUUAACAGAAAAAAAAAACAAAAAACAACAGUUGUACACGACGGUUUAUCGCCAUUAUAACAAAUGUUGCAUGGGAUCUGGGGAUGUGUUGCUCACCUCUUUGCUUAUAGGACAACAAAAUUCCAUUCAGGAGCAGCUACCUUCAUAAUAUUCAAUAUCAUAGUAUUGUACAAAACACAUAAGGCAGUCAUUUUUCUGUUUUUGUUUUAUUUUCUUUUAUGAGAAAUUGGGGAUACCACUAUUAGCUUAGCAGCUGUCUUGAUCUUGGGGGAUUAUUUUUUCUUCCCUUUUUCUUCACGUAUGAUUUUCUCUCUUCUGUUUCUAUCUGUAAAUGCACUGUUGACCUUACUGAUGCCUUAUGUAAGUGGCCUUGUCCUGUUUAAAUAGUUCACUCUUUCACACAUACGUACACGUACGAACGGCCGUUGCGAAUGCAGUAGCGCGUUACCGAAUAGCUUUAUAAAGGCUCCCAUCCAAUACAAUUGCACCUUUUUACCAUUUUUUUUUCUCUCCCGCGGCAGACUCCUCUGAACUCUUGAAUAUCAAAAACAGUAACUAUGUAUCAGCUUCAUAAUGACUGCCAUUUUUACAUUUUUGUGCAUUCUUUCUUCAAUAUGUCAUAAAUAUAUAUAAAUAUAUAUAUAUAAAUACAGCAAACUAAAUCUCCAAAAUGACCCGGAUCUGAGAGAGAAUUGUGGAGCACUUGGGGAAAAAAUAAAAAAAAGCAGUUCACUAUGAUGCUUUACUACUAUGUAGUAUAAAAUGGUGUGGAUGCACUUCUGAUAUGAGCUGUAACAUGCUGUCAAAAGGUACAAAAGUCUUGGAAACAAGUUCUCGCGAAAGGUGGUGAUGACAGUGAGCCGCCGAAUCUAUAAUGAGCUACCGCAAAUAAACCAUUCACACUGAGGCGAUUUAAAUCACUCGAUGUGUCAAAAGCCUAUUUUCUCAAAGAUAAGACAUCCUGUUUAAAGUAAUUCUCAAUCACGAGUCCAUGUUGUUGAUGUUUUGGUUAGUCCCAGCCCUCGGGUGAGGGUGAGUCGCUAUCUUUACUCGGGCCUAGUUCAAACAACUCAUGAUCUGAUGAAACGGUACCUAAACCUGUCUGACCAGUUCAGGUGAGCUGUGCUGCAGGUCUACAGGUUUCUGUCUGUCUGCAGGUUAACUGUAGUAAAACUAGGACCAGGUAUUAGUCUGUACCAGCUUCACUUCACGCACGUUUUAGCUUCACUUACAUGACGCCGUCAAACGAUGAACCGCUCUGAAAUCACAGGUUUAUUGACUCAAUUGGAUAAUCAAAUCACUUUUUUUCCCCUCAUUUGUACAAAAGAAAAUUAAUAAAAAAUACUUGGAAGAUUUGCCACUAAGUAAAAACAAGUGUUGAGAGAGAGCUUCAUUCAUUCAUUCAUUCAUUCAUUCAUUCAUUUGUUCAUGUGUCACUCAGUAGUUGACAUCACAGGUAGCCUUGUUGUUAGCGUGCAGGUGAACCUGUUGAUCGCGAAAGGAAAUUUUCUUGAGGCAAUGCUUCUUUUUACACUGAGAAAUGUAAAAAUGAAUAAAAAAAAAGGAAAAAAAUGAUUCGUUACAUUGUUAACUAAGAGAAUUUUGUAAGGAAGCUUCUAUUUUGAACGGGUACGGGACCAAAAAGAAAAAAAGUAAAACGUGUGCAGCGUGUCGUUUCUAAACGCGGAAGACGAGCGGCUGAAGAAUUACUGUAAAAUAGAUGCACUCCAUUAUCCUUCAUUUGCUUCUGUAACAUCUUUGGUUUUUGAUUUUUUUUUGGAGAAAAUCCAGAAGAAAGGUCGUGGAAAUGUACAUUUUAACUGGCAUCAAUAGCGCCUACACCUGUGGCCUAUCAACUUUCAAGGAAACAAAAAAAAAGAAGAGAAAAAAAAGGAAAAACACAAACAACAACAAAAAAAAACCCAACAACUUUUCAGACGUGAAUUGUUCUGGACACUUGAAUUGUCAUAAAUCUACAUUCUGGUGCCCGUUAAGUAUUAAUUAUUUUAUUUUAUUUUAUUUUUUUUUUUAAAAAUGCCAUGUGAGCUCUUUCUUUUGACUCCUCAAAUACCUGCAAAGAUCUUUAGCUAGAGAAUCUUUAUUGGAUGGAAAAUACGAGGCUCUAUUUUUGUUCGUUUUAUGGCAUAACAAGAUUUUUUCAUUUUGGAAUUGUUUUGUAAAAUAGUUUCUGUAUGAAUGUAUUUUUUAUUGGAAAAAUGGAUAAAAAGACUAUUGGUUCUA